AAGUAACGCAUCGCAUCGCAUUUCAUCCUAGCGGAUACAUCAUCUCCUACACAGAAGAAGAAGCCGCCUUUGUUGUUAUUUGCCGAGUGUCGAAUAAAUUUGGUAAAAAUGUCUUCAGUCGCGCGUUAUAGAGAAUUUGUCAAUGAGCGACUGCAUGCUGCUGCUGAAGAAAUAUUCGAAGUCUUUAAAAAAGCUGUGUCUGAGUACGAGGAGGAGAUAAUUCGACAGCGCAGGCUACUGGAUAUGAUUUUGAAGCCUCAGAUAAAACUACAGAAAACAGAUUUUGUUCAGUCAUCUGUGUGCAUUGAGGAGGAUCUUCAUGACCACCAGCAGAGGUUUUCCAGCUUAAACCGAGAAGAAUCAGAAUCUCCACCGAAUGGAGAGGAGCAACAUCAGGAGGAUUUCCUUCAGUCAUCUGUCUGUAAGGAGGGGUAUCUUCAUGAUCAUCAGCAAAAGUACUUUAACCAGGAGAGCUGUUCCAUGUUGGACCACGAUGAACCAGAGUCUCCACAGAAUCAGGCAUCUCAGCUGGAACACUACAACAACGGGGAGGGAGAGCAGCUUGUACUAAAGCUUGAAAAUGACUCCAUCAACUUGGACCCUUUUUGUGAGGAAAAUAACGAAAGUGAAAACCAGUUUCUAACCCCAGAUAUGAUGAUAAAAUCUGAGUCUGACAGAGGCAUGCCAGGAGCAUCAGAACCAAACCACGACCAGCUUCUCUCUCCUGUAGCUGACAUCAUGGAUCACCAAUUGGAUCACCAAUUGGCAAACGGCAAGCCAGUCAGAUGCCGCCACUGUGCAGAGGAAUUCAGUGAUUUCAUGAAACUAAGAAUUCACAAAAGAACCCACAUGGGUGAGGAGCAGCACGCAUGGCAGAGGUGUGACGAAGAAGCCUCUGGUAGGACUCGGGGGAGCAGCCUCACGGUCACACAGACUGAUGCAAAGCCCUUCAGGUGCAGAGUUUGUGGAAAGGGGUUCAACUGUGAUUCCAGUUACGCAGUUCAUAUGAAAACUCACACAGCUGAGAGGCCACACACCUGCGUCACCUGUGGGAGGAGCUUCUGCCACAGGCGGAAUCUGACACGACACAAUAUAGUCCACAGACGCAAGAAGCCUUACAGCUGCAAAUACUGCGAGAAGAAGUUUUGUUACCCCUCAACCUAUAUAAAUCAUGUCCUGCUGCACACAGCAGAAUUUAGAAAUGUCUUGAUUUAAAGUGAGUAUGAACAGUAAGAGGAGGACCCCAGAGGGCCACGGCGGGGAGCAGAAGAUACAAGAGGGGAGCCUUUUGAAGAGACGUUCUGAUUCCACAAAGCUGCUGGUGAGCUGUCAGCAGGAUGUCUGUUGCAGCAACAGUAGCAGAACGUCAUGGUGGUGUGGAAUACGGAAGGUUUUUCAAAUGUGAAGUAGAUCAAUUUCUUCUGGGAAAACUAGCUGAAAUUUAACCUUUUUUUUUUUUUUAACCACUCCAUGAAGUUGUGUGACUGGUGACGCAACAGACACAGUUUAUUCAAAAACAAGAAAAGAAAGAAAAAAGAAAAAGGUGAGAGCCACCCCUUAACAGGGAU